AUGGUUGACACGGGGACAAGACGUUACAACUCCCGGGUGGAGGAGUUUAGAGAGAGAGAGUAUCCCAUGCUCAAAGACUCAAUCUAUCUUGAUCAUGCCGGGUCGACGUUGUAUUCCAAGUCUCUCAUCGAGAGGUUCUCUGCAGACAUGAUGUCGAAUCUACUAGGAAAUCCACACUCUGCCUCGUCGUCCUCCCAGCUCUCCACAUCGCGCAUCGAGAACGUUCGUCUCAGACUCCUGAGCUUCUUCAACGCCGACCCCGAUAAGUUCGACCUAGUUUUCGUAGCGAAUGCUACCGCCGGGAUCAAGCUUGUAUCAGAAGCUUUUAGGGCUCUGCCUGAGGGCUUUUCAUAUGCGUACCAUCAAGCAUGCCACACGAGCAUCAUUGGGGUUCGUGAAGAGGCGCGCGGGAGCGCGUGUGUUUCAAGCAAUGAUGUGGAGAAUUGGAUUUCUGGAACACACCACUUCGACUUCGAACAGCCAGGAUCGCACACGCUUUUUGCAUAUGCGGCUCAGUCUCACAUGGACGGUCGGCGCUAUCCCUUGACGUGGCCCUUUCUUUUACGAAAAUCGCCUACUGCAAAUCACUCGAGUACAUUCACGCUCUUGGACGCAGCUUCACUAGUCGCGACGACUCCUCUAGAUCUCAGCAACUCGGAAACGGCCCCCGAUUUCACAGUUCUCAGCCUCUACAAGAUAUUCGGCUUUCCAGACUUGGGCGCUUUGAUCGUGAGGAGACAGGCCGAGUCGGUGUUUAACCACAGGCACUAUUUCGGUGGCGGGACUGUCGAUAUGGUGGUCUGUGGAAAGGAAAAUUGGCAUUCGCUGAAAACGACAUUCUUGCAUGAGCGUUUGGAGGAUGGCACUUUGCCAUUUCACAACAUUCUCGCACUGGAUGCAGCGUUGGAUGCCCAUACAGAGCUGUUUGGAAACAUGGCUUGCGUGUCAUUGCACACGACCUUCCUAGCAACUCGCCUGUACGAUGGGUUAGCUGCCCUAAAGCACGGCAAUGGACUAUUGGUCUGCGUCAUCUACUCGCAGCCAAGCAACGGCGAUGAUUGUCCUGCCCGUGGGCCGCUCAUUUCAUUCAACAUUCGCAACUCUGCCGGUGUCUGGGUCAGCUUGCAUGAGUUUGAGAAACUCGCAACCCUGAAGAACUUACACAUUCGGACUGGUGGUGUGUGCAGCCCAGGGGGUGUUGCGGCGGCACUCGGAUUGAGCCCCUGGGAGAUGAAAAAUAACUUCUCGUCUGGUUUCCGCUGCGGGACGGACCAAGACAUCAUUGCCGGGAAGCCAACUGGUGUGAUACGAGCAAGUCUAGGCGCAAUGAGCACGUUAUCGGAUGUUGAUUUUCUCAUCAACUUCGUCAAAGAGUUUUAUCUGGAAGAAACCGUACCCGCCACCAUGUACCACGUUGCGAAGCCUUCAUUCGCAGGGCUUCGUAUCCAGAGCAUUGUUGUGUAUCCCAUCAAAAGCUGCGGCGGCUACUCCGUACCUUCUGGUACGGUCUGGGAAGUCAGGCCCGAGGGUUUGGUCUGGGACAGAGAAUGGUGUCUGGUGCAUCAGGGAUCGGGGCAGGCGCUCAGCCAGAAACGGUACCCAAAGAUGGCUUUGUUUCGGCCCAUCCUCGAUUUCGACCGCGGUAUAUUACGUGUCACCUACCGUGGUGAAAAACCAGUGCACCUACCCGAAGAGAUCUCUGUGCCCCUUUCCGCAGAUCCGAGUCAACUCGACUCGCCAAGCUCAGUUCGAACGAGACUUUCUCGUGUAUGUGGAGACAAUGUCACAACGUAUACCUACAACUCUUCUUCUGUCAAUAACUUCUUUAGCGACAUUCUCAAUGUGCCGUGCGUAUUGUCUCGGUUCCCAGCCGGUGGUCAAGGACUCGCCAUGCGUCACUCGAAAGCCAAGGUGCAGAAGCACGAGCAAGUCAAGAUUUCGACGCCAAGGACAUGUCCGGGGGCUUUCCCGGAACUGCCAUCUCCUCCAGAGUCAGAUUCGGAGCACUCUACAGCGAAAAUAUUACUCUCUAACGAAAGCCCAAUACUUGUGAUCAACACGGCUAGUCUACACGCCCUAAACCGCGAGAUCGAAGCGAAUGGCGGAAGAGCCGUUCCAUCAGAGUCAUUCCGGGCCAACUUGGUGAUCGGAACGAUUCAUGGGUCCGAACAAGUAGCAUGGGCGGAGGACGGUUGGGCUAGCCUUACAGUGGGCGGUGAGAAGUUCAACAUGAUGGGAGCCUGUCGCAGGUGUCAAAUGGUCUGUGUCGAUCAAGAGACUGGCGAAAGGCACCCGGAGCCGUUCGUCACGUUGGCCAAAGUUCGAAUGUUUGACGGCAAGGUAUACUUCGGCACGCACAUGGGCCACGAACCAAAUCCUACUUCUGCAACGAAAGGGAAACAAUUUCCAACCAUACGAGUUGGAGACGCGGUCAAUGUUGGUGCUAGAGCAUGA